AGUAUAUAUUGAAUAAGUGAGUCAGUCGGUAUCUCAGUUCUGCAAAAGGUGGUUGCAUCGUUCAAAAUGCAAGUGAUACAUUGUUUUGUUCUUGUUAUUGCUUUUCAAUGGAGUCUUGUGAAAGGAGACUGCGGGGUGGUGUCUAAGAGCGAUUGGGAUGGACUAAACGCAGUGCAUGUGCAGUACCUCCCCAGGCCUGUAGACUUGGUCAUCAUUGAGCACACAGUGACACCCACCUGUAGUACUGAUCGUGGCUGUGCCGAACUUGUGAGGAAUAUUCAGACAAACCAUGUAGAAUCAAGAAACUUUUGGGAUAUUGGUUACAAUUUCAUUAUAGGCGGUAAUGGCAAAGUCUACGAGGGUGCUGGUUGGCUACAUGUCGGCGCCCAUGCUAGAGGAUAUAACAAAAGAUCCCUUGGAAUCGCUUUCCUCGGAAACUUUAAUAAUGAUCCGUUGAAGAGGUCAAUGGUAGACGCAUUGAAGGCUUUAUUGCGAUGCGGCGUUGAGAACGGCCACCUUACAUCUGAUUACCACGUGGUGGCUCAUCGUCAGCUCAUCAGUACCGAGAGUCCUGGACGGAAGCUCUAUAAUGAAAUAAGAACGUGGCCCAAUUGGCUGGAAGAUGUCAGCUCUAUCAAAAACUAAGUGUCACUUCGUGUAUUUCGGUUGACCUGA